AUGGCUUCGUCUCGCACCCCACUCACUCCCGUUUCGGGUAACGUCCUCCACGUUGCACCGAAGAGAAAAUACGACGACUUAACAUCCGAUGAGAAUAGAGUCCCCACUUCGGCCCAAAGGCCACGAGCGGCUAGCUCAUCUUCGCUGUCCCCGUCGCCUUCCCCUCCACCGCCUGCGCCCGUUGACGUCGCUGUCUCAAUGCUUUCGCAGGCAUUUAAUACCUGGUUGGACGAUUUACCACCAACUAUGAUAGGUGGCUCGGGUUCCGAGCUCAAGAUGCCUCUCGAGGAGGCAGAUGGGAGGAAGCUUACCCGGCAAAAGCUCGUAGCGGAGGCGAGCUGCGCCGUCAGAAGACUUAAGAGAGCACUACUCUCCUUCCAAUACAACUUUCCCCAAAUCCAGCUACUUCUACCCGGAAGGUUACCACCUACAAGUAGACAUAAGCGAUUUAGCUUGCCGGUAAAUCACGGAGGUCUGCACUUCCCGGACCAUUCACGACUGCUCGUUCGUCACCGGCGGCGAUACCGACACGGCGGGUUACCCCGUCAAGAAGAUAUCUAG